AUGACGGCGGUCACCGGAGGGAUUGAUGGUGUGGGGCUAGGACUCUGCAAGCAUCAUCACGCUCUUGGAAAGAUUUUCGACAUAUGGUGCUUGCAUAUUCCAGUUAAGGACAGAACACCCUUUUUAGGGCUUGUGAAGCUGGUUGAGCGAACAGUAAGAUCAGAAAAUUGCCAUUCACCGAACAGACCUAUAUAUCUUCUUGGAGAAUCUCUUGGAGCAUGCCUUGCACUUGCUGUUGCGGCUCGUAACCCUGACGUUAAUCUUUCACUCGUUUUGUCUAAUCCAGGUGAAAAAUUGCACCGGCGCAACAUCUUUCGAGAAGUCACCACUGCAGCCUCUUAUCUCUUUCUUGGAAAUCAUGCCCAUCGAAAACCAGCUUAG